AUUGCGCACGAUCAUCAAUCUGACCAAGCAAUAAACCUCUUUGCUCAAGUAUCUCAAAUCACUAUGUGGCACUAAUGUGGUGUGUAUUUAUCGCCUCUCACUGAUCAAAUUCCUGUGAAUUACAAAAAGGCAUACAACCUGAUAGUCGGGUACCGGCAUUAUACGCAACUGGGGCGUCUCUGAUCCCCAACGGUUAAUGAUACAGGAGCAGAGCACAGCCACGACAGUCCUUUCUACAAACAACAGUUUUAUUCUGGCGAUUCUGUGUCCAACCUCAUCUGCUUCAUAGUUCUUGGGGUCCAGGUGAUUAACGCCCGACACUACUCAUAGGCGGCCAGUAUGGCUGCCUUCAAUGCCAAUCUUGCUGGCGCAACAGAGCGUUCCUUCUCUUCGUCACUCUCGCCGGAUCGAGUUGUCGCCAGCUCAGAGGAUGACAAUACUGCGGCCUCCGCCCUCGAUCCCGAUUUUUACAAGAGUCUUACCGAUAAGAGGACGACGCGCGACGGAAAUCCGCCCAAGAAGCGAGGGCCCAAGCCCAACAGCAAGCCUGCAUUGACCAGGCGUCAAGAGUUGAAUCGUCAGGCACAGAGAACACAUCGCGAAAGAAAGGAGCUCUACAUCAAGGCACUGGAAGAUGAAGUUCUUCGCCUUAAAGAAGUCUUCAGCAACGUUUCAUUGGAUAGGGAGAGAUUGGCCGAUGAGAACAAACGGCUGCGAGACACUUUGGCACAGGCUGGGCUUCAACAUAGCAGCCCGCAUGUAGCAGGCAGCGCGACGAGUCGUGGUCCUGACUCGGCCAAUACAAGUUCUCCGCCCUUGACCUCGCGAUCGACAGCGCCAUCGGUUGGCUCACCAAUGAACCUACCUGUGGCCGUCAAUCAAGGUUCCACGGCAGGCCAGCCACACGGCAUGCCUCAGCCGCUUUAUCGUGGAAACCCUGAGCUGGAACAGGCGGGCAUUGACUUCGUUUUAACUCUCGAGAGGCCGUGCAUGACGCAUAUUCAGUUCAUGGUUGAGAGAGCAUCUGAGCCUGAAGGCGAACCCUGUGGGCAUGCACUUAUGGCAUCGUGCCCACCAGAUCCGGCUCCAGAAACAAGGCCAGGUUUGCCCUUCGGGAAAACUCAUAUUCCAUUGGAUGGCGAUACGAACCAGAAGACAUGGGAAGUUCCAAAGGCAGACCUUGCCACUUUACUGGAUCUAAGUAAGAGUAUCGACCUCGAUGGUGAGGUAACUCCUAUCAUGUCAUGGGGUAUGCUCAUGUCACACCCAAGGGCAAAUGAGUUGGAGGCGGUUGACUUCCGAAAGCUGAGUGAAGAGCUCGUUCGAAAAGUUAGAUGCUAUGGCUUUGGUGCUGUGAUGGAGGAGUUUGAGGUGCGAGAUGCUAUCGACAAUGUGUUCAGCGGCAAGGACACGAUGAUGGGUGAAUAGGAGUUUGUUUUGUGUUUUUCGAGUUUGCAGCUGUUGUUUGGAUGUUCCUACUUGCUGUGAUGUUUUGACAUUGUAACUAUGAGCAUAUCUCCAGUACAUCUCCCUAACAAUUGUGGCUGUUAUAAGUUACGAAAUCCGUUGGAAUCA